GAUGACUUUGUUGACCCAAUUGGUGGAGGAGAAGUCACGAACGGAGUAAGGGUCACGUUCGGAAUCUCAGCUGGAAGUGCAGUCGUAAGAGAAGAACCCAAGCCAGCUGAUGGAACUGUCCCUGUGACUCUGGGAGACAGAGACGUCCUUGAAAAAAUCCAAGGCGCCAAGGGUUCUGGUGUAGCAGUUGUAGCAGUUGUAGCAGUCUGGUGUAGCUGUUCUGGUGUAGUAGUUGUAGAAGACGGAGCAGCACUGUGCACACUGGCCUGGGGAGGAUCCUCAGUGGAUGUUGACACUUCCAUUUUUGUUUCAGGAACCAAGAAUGGAGAAAAGAAUAGCGUUUUGAACCAGAAAUCAAACGCUGUUCUGACUGGAACAGCAUGUCCACCAAGCAUCAGUGGAUACAAUGGUACAUUGGACCCAAAUGCAGUCUCAUGUCUGUUGGCUGUUCCAGACAAAUCUUCUAAUCUUUGCUUAACGGAUUCUUUGAAUGCUUAUGGAUCAGCCAUAGUGGCACGCGGGACAAAUGGAAUUGAUUACUUGGUAGCCCUUGCCAGAAAGUACUCUUGCAACCGUUCUUCAACCCCAAAAUCCACAACUGUUUUUGGUUCGUCAUUUGCCUACCCAAGCCACAAGGAUCAAGUUUGUAGCCAGCCUGGUGUGAUGUGUGAAGAUGCAUCCCCAACAACCACCACCACCACCACUGCUACCACCACUACUACAGCUGCCCCCAUGUCUACCAGCACCAGUGUGAAGACCACUGGAACCACUACCACACAGCGCCAGUCUCAACAGGAAAUUGGAAAUCAAAGUUUCUUCAGACUGCUCCACAUCUUUCAGCAACUGAUGAAACAAUGUUGAAAUCCCUGUUUGAAAAUGAUGAAAGACGUUGAUUCAAACCAAUAAUGUGCCUUGUUUGAACAUUACCAUCCCAAGUGGGGAGCUAUUCUUUGUGUGACCCCAGAAAUGGUGCACACUGGGGUCACAACUGGUGCAUAUGGGAUAUUGUGGGGUUACAAGUGUGCACUCUUGCAGAGGAAAUUUUGCUAUCAUUCCAGGGCUACACUUGGUGCAAAAAUGUGACAUAACAGGAGUAUCACACAAAUGCACCAACUGUAACCUUGGUGUAACUUAUUUUUGUUUACAAAUGUGACCCUGCGUAAUCCUGGUGUGAACACACACAAUUGGUGCACAUUAGGGAUAGGCAUGUGAAACAGAAGAACUUUGGUACACUUCAGGUG